ACAAAACUAAGUCCAGGAAUUAAUUUCUAUAAGAUGAAUUACUAAAAGUUUACUACUAUAUCUAUAUCCUUGUAGUUUAAUAAAACAUGGAAAAUACAGAAGUUGAAGACCAAAUAACUUUAUCAGCACUAAAAUUCGUAUGUGGCGAUAAUGAAUACGUUUGUAGGUUAUGUUUAUCACCAACAAAUAACAGAUAUGUAAACAUAGAAGAUACUGUGAAAUUACAGACACGUUACUACGAAAAUUCGAUCUCGUAUCAAAAUAUGCUUGCGAAUUUAAACGUGCCAGAAGAACCUCUACUACCUCAAAUUCUUUGCAAGAAUUGUGCGAAGAUAACUAUUAAUUGUUAUUUAUUCCAACAACUCCGUCAGUUCUCUAUGGAUAAAUGGGUCAAAGUAUUACAACUUCUGAAAAAUUCACUUUCUCAAUUGGAUACACUCAAGACAGAUACCCAAACUGCAUUUUUAAUUUUAAAUAAGACUGAUAAUCUGGUAUUCACAAAUCAUAAAAGUUAUGAAGUUAAGCCAAAAAAGGUGGCCAUUUUAAAAGAAAUAAUGAGGAGUUGCCGAAAGUACAUCCAGGCCCAACAGAAAUUGAAAGAAUGCAUCUGUAAUGAAUGUGGUGAAAAGUUUCCUACUCAUUUUCUUUUAGUAAAACAUAUAAAGGCCCACAAUAAAACGCAUAAUCCAUGCAAGGAAUGUCCAAAAUCUUUUUCUACACCAACACAAUUACAAGAGCAUAUGGAAAGAGUGCAUUAUCCAAAGACUUUGCAAUGUGAUAAAUGCUCCUACAUGUCGAGCACACUCAAGAUAUUAAAAUCACAUGAAAAUCAUUACCACAUUCCAGCUAAGUGUAAAUUGUGUAACAUUGAGUUUCUAUCAAGAAAAGCACUUCGAGCUCAUCUAGACAAUCACAAUGCCAAAAUAUGUUCUCUGUGUGACAAAAAAUUUCUGAACAUACAUAAUUUCAAAGUUCAUAUUAAUAGAUGUGGAAUAACAGGAUAUAAACCAGAGAGAUAUGUUUGUGAUAUUUGUAAUAAAUGUUAUAGUAGCAAAAACGGGCUGAGAUCACAUUUAAAGACUGACCAUGGGUUUGGAAAAGUAUUAUCUUGUAGCUGGUGCAAUAAGAAAUUUGAUGCCAUCAGUAGAUUGAAGGACCAUAUUGUCAAACAUACAAAGGAGAGAAAUUUUCAUUGUAAUCUAUGUGAUGGUCAGUUUGUUACAUACCCUGCUUUGGUAUAUCAUAUACGGUUACAUACAGGAGAAAGACCAUUUCCCUGUGAUUUAUGUGAUGAAAGUUUUCUUUCAGCAUCUCGGAGAAUGGAACAUAAAAAACGAAAACAUAUUGGCCCCACCAAAGCUUGUACCCUUUGUCAUAUGAAAUUCAUUACUAGUCACCAACUAAGCAAGCAUUUCCAGAGACAUUUUAACCCAAACAGCAAACUUUUUAUCACAAAAGCAGAUUUAUUAGAAUUACGAAAGGCUGGAAAACAAUUGUAAUUAUAUACUUACCAUUCCAUUUUACAUUGUUCCUACAUAAUGUCUAUUUGUCUUU